UUGGGGUUUGGAUUUGAUGACGCCGGAGCCUACCCGUUCCAGGUUUUGGGCAGAAAAAUUACAAGCUCAGCUCUUUUUGUGAAGUUUUUGCCAUCUUAGACUAGAUUCAGAAAACAAACCCCUCUGAACUGUAACCGGAACCAUGGGACUAGGUUUUGAUGUCAGCUCACCAUUCCAAAUUCAGAGAAGAUUGAAGGGUGGAAAAAUAUCGUCCUCAGACACUGAAUGACCUAAUUUCCCAUCAGGACAUUCUGAGCACCAUUCAGAAGUUCAUCAGCGAAGAUCGUCUGCCUCACCUUCUCCUCUAUGGACCACCUGGCACUGGCAAGACCUCCACAAUUCUGGCCUGUGCUAAACAGCUUUAUAAAGACAAGGAAUUCAACGCCAUGGUUUUAGAGCUGAAUGCUUCGGAUGACAGAGGAAUUGAUGUAGUCAGAGGACCCAUCCUGAGCUUUGCUAGCACAAGGACAAUCUUUAAGAAAGGUUUUAAGCUUGUGAUCCUCGAUGAAGCGGACGCUAUGACCCAGGAUGCCCAGAAUGCCUUAAGGCGAGUGAUUGAGAAAUUCACUGAGAAUACCAGGUUUUGCCUGAUCUGUAACUACCUCUCCAAGAUCAUCCCUGCCUUGCAGUCCAGAUGCACAAGGUUCCGGUUUGGCCCCCUGACUCCAGAACUCAUGGUCCCCAGACUGCAGCAUGUCAUCAAGGAAGAGAUGGCUGACGUGAGUGAAGAUGGGAUGAAAGCACUGGUGACCCUCUCCAGCGGCGACAUGCGCAGAGCUCUGAAUAUUUUGCAGAGCACUACCAUGGCCUUUGGGAAGGUGACGGAGGACACUGUGUACACGUGCACGGGGCACCCACUGAAGUCUGACAUUGCCAACAUUCUCGACUGGAUGCUGAACCAGGACUUCACCACUGCCUAUAAAAAAAUCCUGGAGCUGAAGACACUGAAAGGUUUGGCUCUGCAUGACAUCCUGACACAGAUCCACUUGUUUGUGCACCGAGUUGACUUCCCAUCUUCCGUCCGAAUCCAGCUACUGAUCAAAAUGGCAGACAUCGAGCACAGACUGGCUGCAGGGACAAGCGAGAAGAUUCAGCUAAGCUCCCUUAUUGCUGCUUUUCAGGUUACUAGGGACUUGAUUGUAGCUGAGGCUUAGGUCCAAUGGCUUCCUGCAAACACAGUUUACACCCUUCACCCUCCCAUGAAAAGUAAAAAAAAAAAAAAAAAAAAAAGAAGAAUGUCCUGGUCUGAACACACGAGUCCAGUGGCUUCUGCAGUUCCUUACCCACUGUAUUAGAAGCCCCCUAUACUGAUAAUGUAGGGGACAAAUUUGGCCUUCAGAUACGGGCACCUCAUUGCUCUUGGCUUAAGAGAAACUCAGCACAAGCAUUUAAGGGCAGAAUUUAGCCCUUUGCAGCUAAGUGUGAGGUGAUGGACAACUUCUGAGCACUGUGUCUGUGUAUAAGCUGCAGCAUGAAAUACACCUUUGAAGGGAAGUAAGGUAGGUUCAUCUCUUCCCUUACACCCAAGGAAGGGGUUGACUUUGUGGUACACAGUGUAUAGCUGAAGCUGGCUGUUGCUGGGUUUUAAGGCUGCAAGCUCUUUUCAUUUACUGGGAGCUGAUAUUUAGCACUGUUCCAGCUCUUACUUGUAGCAGCUUCUACUGGGAGACUUUGGUCCAAAUUCACCAUCAGUGUAAAUAUCUAAUUUUCCCUGACUAAUGGAACUGCAUUCCUACAGCAGCAGCAGAUCUGACCCAUCUAGCCUGCAGGAACUUUAGGGGCAGAAUUGUGUAUAGCAGAGGGUGCUGGAGCUUUCCCCUGGUAUGAGACUUUAAAUGAUGUUUCCCGUGACACAGUUGCACAGGAAGCCUUAACUGGUCUCAGAAGGAUCUUCUUAAACAGAGAUAGUGUACCAUUACCCAGUGCAGAAUACAGGGGUCUCUUGAUUUAAUUAAUGCCCUAAAUUCUAUAAACUGGCUUUACAGUAGGUGCCUCUGACCUGCAAUCCUAAAUUACAGCAGGUUAGUGUAGUUACAGCCUAGGAAUGACAACAUACUAGUAGUCAGCUGUAUGAAAGGGAAAAAACAUUUAUUUUGCCUCUUGAAGUUUGUAAAAACAUCUCAGGCUCUUGUGUACAUGAUGGCAAUACUACAGAUCAUGGUCAAGUAAAAAUUAAAACCAUCUUCAUCAAUCAGGAUGCUCGUCUGGGCCCAUCUGUGUCCCAGUGUGCUCUUUACGUACAAUGCAGAAGAAAUACCCAAUUGAAGAGCUGUGAGUGAGAGGGUCCAGUCAUUCUACUAGCUUAGAGAGCGAUGCUCCAUGUACCCAUUGUGCUGCUGGGGUGGUCAGCUGUGAUACUGAGGUAUAACAAGAGUCCCAACAUAUGGGACUCAGAGUUGCUGGCCAAGAUCUAUCCUCAAGAAAAUGCUAGUUUAAAGGGACAACACUCCCUCUCCCCACUACCCUUGCUCCCAGCAUUAGAGAAAGGGCACCGUAGUCUUUUGCUAGUGUGAUCUUUGAGCGAGUUCUCGUUCAGAACUUGAACAUGUUGGUUUUAGGUUUGCUGGAUCAGACCUAGCUUCACCCAAUCUGAGGUGUGCCACUCAAA